UAAUCGUUAACCCUUUUAACUUAGCUUCAUCCACAAAUUUAAGGCCCCAUAUAUGCACAGCCAACAAGCAUGGCACAUGGCUUUGCCUUCGGUGGUUAGUCACGAUAACUUCAGCUCCAACCCAAAGCCUGUCAACAGCAUUCUAUAUAAAUAACCCCUUAACCCCUCUUCUGUAAUAUGUUUUCAUCAACUACAACUACAAGCAUUAUCUGUUCGACACCAAAUUGUUCUAAAUUUCCAGUUUACUUUCUUGUUUCCGAUCUUCCAAGAAAAAAUGGCAAUGCUGAGCGCUAAGAAACUCAUCAAGAUGGCCAGGAGAUGGCAGAAGUUUGCAGCCAAGCAGAGGAAGAGGAUUUCAUUUCCAAGAAACAACAGUAAUGCAGGCGGUUGCAGUACACCCUCGUCCUCUAUAGUCGAAAAAGGUCAUUUUGUAGUGUAUACAAUAGAUCAAACGCGCUAUGUAUUUCCCUUGACGUACUUGGAAAAUGAGGUCGUUAUGCAACUUUUGAACAUGUCUGAAGAGGAGUUUGGACUACCAAGUGGCGGCCCUAUUACACUACCGUGUGAUUCAUCCUUCAUGGACUACAUCAUUUCACUCAUCAAGAAAGGCGUUGCUGCAGAAGAUCUUCACAACGCGUUUCUCCUCUCAAUUCCUUCAUGUUGUUGUUCAACUUCUUCUUGUCAUCAAGAAAGUGGCAAUCAACAGAUUUUUGUUUGUUGAGUCAUGACAUCAUGUUUUAUAAAUGUUAGCUCAAAAUAGACUUUAUAGUAAGUGAAAAAUAGGCAACUGAAAGCUUGUAUCAUUACAGAUUGAAAUAGAGACGCUUUAACAUUCUCA